GCAGGAAGAAAUUCGGAAUGCACCAAACUACCAAUCAGAUUACAAUGACUUCACAAACGAACAGUCAAAGCUUGCGUCUCUAUAGUAAACUUAUCAGUCUUGAAGCUUCUUGAGUUGUGUGUUUGUAUCAAAAUCCAGAAGAAAAGAGGGGAAAAAAUGGUGGGAAAGCAGAGUGGUUACUUGUCAAUGAGAAGUAAACAAGUUACGAGGGAUUUGAUCAGCUCUGAUGUGCAAGAGCUUGUUGUGGCUGCAAAAAAACUGGCUAUUCAUGCCGUCGAGCUUGGUGGAUUGAUGGGAUUUGGAACCUCUGUUCUUGAAUGGAUUGCUUCUGUUGCUGCAAUUUACUUGUUGGUCCUAGACCGAACACAUUGGAGAACUAACAUUCUCACAGGAUUGCUGAUCCCUUAUAUCUUCUUUAGUCUUCCUUCGCUAAUUUUCAACAUAGUCAGAGGAGAGAUUGGAAGAUGGAUCGCUUUCAUUGCUGUUGUGUUGCGCCUUUUCUUCCCCAGACAUUUUCCUGAUUGGCUGGAAAUGCCUGGUGCUUUGAUUCUUCUGAUAGUGGUGGCUCCCAGUUUAUUUGCAAGCACCUUAAGGGGCAGCUGGAUUGGUGUGGCGAUAUGCCUUGUCAUUGCGUGUUAUUUGCUGCAAGAACACAUCCGGGCAUCUGGUGGAUUCAGAAAUUCCUUCACAAAAGCCAAUGGCAUAUCAAACUCAGUUGGCAUUAUCAUUCUAUUGAUCUAUCCAGCAUGGGCAUUGAUAGCAGACUUUAUUUAGGCAAUCUCCCAAUUGCCUCUCAAUUGUUUGAAGUCUGCAAAUGUCAUGAAUUGCCUACUUUGUACCAUUAAUUUGUUAUGACAUAAAUUCAUUAUCAUUACUGUGUUAUGUAAAAAUGUGGAAGGAAGCUUGCUUUGAAACCAAGCUUUCAUUCAUUCAUGUAUUAUGAGUUCUGGAGAAAUAAUGUGCAAUACUUCUGGCUUUGUGUUUG